AUGGCCGAAGCCGCUCAGACGAAGGAUGAGUCGCCAGAGCUAGAGCCAGCGCCAACGCCUUCGACGGAGCAUCUUCAACGAUUAAUGGACGACGCGUCUCCGGAUAUUUUGGAAAUGGGAGUACGUAAAGCCCUGGUUUUGCUGAACAAUCUUCAAGAGACGUUCUCGGCCAACUUCGGAGCCAUUCCCGAUGCGCAGCAAUGGGUUGCGUCGAUCGAUAGCGUUCGCAAGCUCGCGAUACGACAACGCACCGUCGUAGGUGUCGUAGGCAACACCGGUGCUGGAAAGAGUAGCGUUAUUAACGCGAUGCUUGAUGAGGAGCGACUCGUCCCCACCAACUGCAUGCGCGCAUGUACUGCAGUUGUAACAGAAAUGUCGUGGAAUGAUAGCAAGGACGAACGCAAGAAGUAUUCUGCCGAAAUCGAGUUCAUUAGCAAGGCAGACUGGGAGAAAGAGAUGAGCGUGUUGCUCAAAGAUCUUCUUGGUCCUGACGGCGAAGUCUCCAGAGAUUGCACUGAUCCAGAUAGUGAGGCUGGAGUGGCUUGGGCUAAAUUCAAAGCUGUAUUUCCUCAGAAGACUAAGGAUAUGCUGGCUGGCAGCACGGUCGAGUCACUUUUGAGGGACAAGUCGGUCAUGAACGUGCUUGGAAAAACUCGAAAGAUCUUCGAAUCGCAGCCUGAUAGAUUUUACAGCCAACUUCAGCAUUACGUUGAUAGCAAAGAGAAGGAUACGAAGGUCGCCGGCAAGUAUGCUGAGAAAAAAAAGGAAAAGAAAACCAUGGAGUUCUGGCCGUUGAUCAAGGUGGUGAAGAUCUACACCAAGUCUCCUGCGUUGUCAACUGGGGCUGUGAUUGUGGACCUUCCUGGUGUGCACGACUCCAACGCGGCCAGAUCAGCCGUCGCCCAAGGGUACAUGAAACAAUGUACUGGACUUUGGAUCGUUGCCCCCAUCAACCGCGCGGUUGAUGAUAAAGCAGCCAAAUCUCUCCUGGGGGAUUCCUUUAAACGUCAAUUAAAGUACGACGGGACAUACUCCAACAUCACGUUCAUUUGUAGCAAAACAGAUGAUAUCUCGAUUACUGAAGCCGCCGACAGUCUUGGUUUGGAUGAGGAAGUAUCUGACUUUGACCAGGAAGAGCGGUCACUGAAUCAUCAAGUCAAGGAUCUAGAAGAGAAGAUAACCGAGUUCCAAGAAUCCAAGCAAAUAUACACAGAUAUAAUUGAGGAAAUGGACGACGAGCUGGAAACCUGGGGAACAAUUGAAGACGACGUUCAAGACGGCCGCACAGUUUAUCCACCGAAGAGUAAAGGCAAGCGAAAGCGGAAUUCUUCUCCGGCCAAGUCUCAAAAAAGACGAGAUCGGACACCGGAUUCUGCCGACGACGACUUCGAAGUCAGGAGCGGUUCCGGCGACUCCAAUAGAGAGCAGUCCGACGAUGAGAACCGUACAGACUGCACUCCUCUCACUGAGGAGCAAGUCCAUGAUAAGAUCAACGAGCUAAAGGAUAGUAAAAAGAAUGCUCGGACCCAGAGAAAAGGGAUGGACGAAAAAAUCAAAGCUGCAAGGCAAGAUAUACGCCAACUUAAGGAAAAACGUGCUGAUGUCAAAGCCAAGAUGAGCGCAAUCUGCAUCGCCGGCCGCAACCAAUAUUCUAAGGGUGCAAUUCAGCUAGAUUUCGCUGCUGGAAUCAAAGAGCUUGACCAAGAGAACGCAAUGGAGCAAGACGAGGGAAAUUUCAACCCUGAUGAGGACAUCCGGGACUACGACCAUGUUGCCCGCACAUUGCCAGUAUUUUGCGUUAGUAGUAGGGCUUACCAGAAACUCUGCGGGCGUCUCAAGAAGGAUGCCCCCGUGCCAGGGUUCACAUCUGUGGACGAAACUGGGAUUCCUCAGCUACAAGCUCACUGCAAAAAGCUCACGGAAGCUGGAAGGGCGUCGACCUGCCGCACCUUCUUGAACAAUCUGAGCCAGUUGCUUACAUCUUUGAACCUUUGGUCAUCGAACGAUGGGAGUGGCAUCAACUUCACGGACGAAGACAGGCGCAAACAAGCUCAAUUCCUAAAUAGGAAACUUGAGGAACUCGGAAAGGGCUUGGAGAAAUCCGUCACAGCUUGCGCAAACGAAAUGAAAGAUAGCCUCACCGAGAAUAUCUAUGACAAGUACGAUGAAGCGAUAUCAGAGGCUGCAACAAACGCUGUGCCUACUGCCGCCCGUUGGAGUGCCCCCCAACAUCAAGGCGGCCUGCACUGGGGAACCUACAGGGCCACAGUUCGGCGAGAUGGUGUGUUUGCUGGGUCGAAAGGUCUACGAGACUUCAACGCGGAACUGGCCGAACCCAUCACCAAGCGACUCGCGAGUGGGUGGGAGCGCGCUUUCCAACGUCGGCUACCACAUGCGUUGCAGAACUAUACUCGUGUGUCGUACAAUAACCUGAUCACGUUUCACAAAGCCAUGGAAACGAGGGCUCAACUGGUCGGAACUGCAACACACGGCCUCGCUAUCCUUGCCCAGCAGCUCCCCAAAUACCAGAAGAGUUUCAUGGAUCUUGCCGGUGCGAUGGCACAGAUCAUGACUGAAUGGCAGCGCGAUGCCAAUCGGGAGUUCACGCCGGUCAUCGCUGCAGCCAUGCAGUCAGGCUACGACAAUUGCAGUAGCCAAGUCGGUACCGGAAUGUUCGUGCGCAUGAAAGGCAUCAUGGCUGUUCACGUGGAGCAGGAAAAGAAUUCCAUGUUCCGCGAUGCUACCGACACCGUCAAAGAGCGCUUAUCGAAAAUGGUGGAAACCGUAGACGAGUCAAUGAGGGAGCGUGGAGACGCUAUUUUUGAAAACAUGCGCCGCGACUACAUGGUAAUACUCGGCGGAGCUCACAUUCGUCCAGGCCAAGUGAUGCCUAGGGCUGAGCGUAUGCUGAGGAAGAAUGUUCUCGAAAUUCUACUUAGCGCAGACGACCGUUUCAAAUCAGUCCUUGAUGGCGAGAUUGACGAAACCAUUGAGGAAGCGAAGGACGGGCCGGCAGAUGAGGGCGAUGACAAGGAAAGCGGUGUCGACUUUAGUGAGAUGCAAGACGAUGAUGAGGACAUGGACAAGGACAAUGUCAACGACGAUGGUACUACUUCGCGAGCGGCUUCUGCUACAACAGCCCCAUCCAACAGUCAUGAAAACACAAAGCGCGAUGACACCGGCACUCGGUUCUGGGAUUCAGGAUACAGCGCUCCGAAGUCCGCUGUGCCGUCUGUUGCUCUAUCCACCCUACCAGACGUAGCAGACGACCAGUCCAACCUUCAUAGCCAUGACGAGUAG